AUGGCGCUGUUCUCCGCCUCGUUUGGCGGCCUCUGCCCCUCAGUGCGUGAGGCGCCGCCGCCGCCGAAGGAGACCCGCGCGGGAACGCCGGGCGCGGCGGCAACGCAGCACCUGCGCGUCGCCCCGGCGGCCCCGCAGCCACGGCGCUGCACCACUGCGGGGCCCGCCGGCGGCGCCUCGAGAGCCGCCAGCGGGUUUGCGGCAACGACGCCGCCGCUGCCGCCUCGCGCUGGCGCCGGUGCCGCGGGCUCGCGGUGGCGCGCGGCGCCGACGGUGCCGCUCUGGCCGGCCUUCUCCUCGCCGACGGAGCCGCAGCUGCCGGCACGCGGCAGGCGGGGGAGCGAGGGUGCUGGCGCGGCGGAGGAUGGGCUGCAGGUGACGCCGCACGCGGCCGCGCUGGGGGCCCGGCCCCGGGUGCGGGACUACGCCCCCCGCCACGCCCAACUCUUGUCGCUGGAGCGUGAGCAGCACCGCGUGGCGACGGAUCGGCUGCACCAGCGGGCGCAGGAGCUGCGGCAGAAGUGGACGCAGGAGCGCGAGGCCCACGCGGCGACCACGCUGCGCCUCUUCAAGGCGCAGACAGACUUGUGCUUGCAGCAGGAGGAGUCCGCGCGACACGCCCUCGCGGCCGCGGAGGCGGAGGGUAGACUCGAGCUCGUGCAACGUGGCGGAGGUGCGGCGGCGGGGAAGCGCAGGUGCAGGGCACACGGCGCCGCCCCGCGCGUGCCCACAUUCCCCGCCGACUCUCACGCCGGGCCGUGUUUCCUGUACGCCUACGACAGCGACCUGCUGCGGGCCCUGCAGCGCUCGGAGGCGUACAUUGUGCGACUUGAGAGGUACUUCCAGGAGCGACUUCACCCCUGCACCGAGGCGGCGUCCUCCGACUCUGCCUGCACGCACAACAGCACAUGUAGUGAGGCGAGUGAGGAGGCGAGCGGUGGCGCCGCGCGCGAGGGCGUCAUUGCGCCUUAUGCUCCGCUUAGUCCAUACAUUCGCACCCUUACCUGA